CAGAGGAUGGACGUUGAGUCAUUUGAAAAAAAGUACGAGUAUUACAUAGAGCAUGCUUAUGGGUUGAGAAGAAAUAGCAGAGACUGGGAUCCUAAAGACUGUCAAAAGAUUCAAAACGUACCUACGUUAGCGGGAAACUGCAAUGACUGCCUUUUACAAAUCACUCAUAUCACUGACAUUGAGGAUCUUGACAAUAUUCUGUCGCAGUGGAAAAUUCCAAACUCAGAUAAGUGUGAUAUCAUAGAAAAGUUUAAGAAUGGAAACUCUGGUGCUGCGUGUGCUCACUAUUUUCAUGUGAUAAAUUCAUUUAGAAUGAAAGCAAUUAUUCAACAUAUCAAUGAUUUUUUUAAUCGUAGUCGUUAUGCUCAGAAUGAACAAAGAAUUUCUGAUUUUUCUCGCUCUGAUAUAUCUACUGGGAUAGCAGAAAAUACAACAUAUAAUUCUGAAAAUCUUGAAAAGGAUGAAAGUGUUGAUUUUAAAAAUUCAACUGAAGAUGAAUUAACAGCUGAUGUAGCUUCUGAUAUCAAAAAAAGAAAAGCCGAUGUGGCUUUUUGUGAUUGCGAAGUAAAAAUAUCUGAUGGAAAUAAAAAAGUUGGAACAAAUUCAACAGAUGGAAUAGAAAGAAUUAGAGUAGAGUUUAUGGAUAGUUAG